AUGAACAAGAAUCUUGGUGUAAAGCGUAGUUAUUGGAAGGCAAGAAAGUGCGCACAUGAACUUAUAAGGGGUUCAGCAGCAAACAGUUAUCCAAAACUCCCCUCUUACUUGUACAUGGUCCAAAAGUCUAAUCCUGGUACGUACACUAGAUUAAUUGUUGAUGAAGAACAGAAAUUCAAAUAUUUAUUUUUGUUUUUGGGAGUAUCCAUUAGAGGUUUUCGUUACAUGAGAAAAGUUAUAUCUAUUGAUGGAACUCAUUUGAAAAACCAAUUUGGAGGAAAUUUACUCAUUGCGACUACACAAGAUGGAAAUUUUCAAAUUUAUCAUCUUGCUUUUGGUAUUGUUGAUUCUGAGAAUGAUGCAUCUUGGAAUUGGUUUUUGACAUGCUUACGAGAUCAAGUGCCUAAUACUACUGAUUUAGUGUUUAUAUCUGAUAGACACAAAAGCAUUAUAAAGGGAGUUCGAAAUGUAUAUAAAAAUGCUUACCAUGGAGCUUGUAUGUGGCAUCUUGGACAAAAUAUAAAGACAAAAUUUAGUGGUAAAGGUUUGAAAAAGUUGUUUGAGAAGACGGCAAAAGCGUACAGAGUUUCAGAGUUCACAAAGUUAUUUGCUGAGAUUUCUACAAAAAAUCCAAGUCUGGUAACAUACCUGAAGAAUGCAUCUUUUGAAAGCUGGUCCAGAUGUCAUUUCCAUGGUAAUCGAUACAACAUCAUGACCACCAAAAAUUCUGAGUCAUUGAACCAAGUUUUUAGAGAAGCUCGAGAAUGGCCCAUCAUUCCUUUAUUGGAGGAAAUUAUCACUACACUCUCCAGAUGGUUCUAUGAGAGAAGGACAAAUGUAAAUUCUUGUCCAACACCACUUACAAUUGACGCAGAAGAUAUAAUGAGACAAAGAUAUGAACAAUCAAGGUACAUGAGAGUUACACCCAUUAAUCUAAGUGAGCUCCAUGUUAAAGGUGAGCCACUAGACGGUCUAGUUAAUAUUGAGGAACAUUCUUGUACAUGUCAAGAGUUUGACAUUGAUAAGAUUCCAUGUAUUCAUGGCAUCACUGCAGCAAUGCAUCGUGGAGUAGAUGUUUAUUGUCUAUGCUCAAAAUUCUACACGACUGAAUUUUGGAGGAUGGCUUAUGCAGAAUCUAUUUACCCUUUACCACCUGAAAUAGAAUGGCUUCUUCCAGAAGAGGUUAAGUCUCAAGUCGUUAUCAAACCAGUUAAGUUAAUUCCCCCAGGGAGACCAAAGAAUAAACAAAUUCCUUCAAGAGGAGAGUUUCCAAAGGAGAAGAGUAAUUCUGCACCUGAAUCGUCAUCAAAGAAAGUAAAGGGUAAGGUUUCUGAUGUUGAUGGGGGAAAAAAGCAACGGAAGUGUUCCAAUUGUGGAUGUUAUGGCACAGCAAAACCACAUGCAAGAAGUUGUCCGAGUAUUGAAAGCUUUAGACAGGCAGUCGAAAUCUUAGACAAGCUGUCAAAAGCUUUAGACAGGCAGUCGAAAUUUUAG